UCUGAAACAAGCCAAAGCCAUUCCGCCAAUUACUACUCCCCAAUCCAACCCAUGCCCUGAAGUGCAGUAUAAGCCAACAAAGCACCACCAUACCCCCACUCUCCCCCCUCCCCCUUAUCUCAAAUAAACAAACAGAACUUCAAGCCAUGCAUCACCAUCAAUGGCUUAAAGCAACACCAACACCAAAACCCUUGCGUACCCGAAACCAUUAAUUAGAAAAAAAAAGAAAAAAAAAAAAAAAGAAACUUCAACCCAGUAUUGUUAAUGUCAUAUUGUUGUUUCUAACAAAGGGUCCAAAUAGACAAAAGAGUCCAAGUUAGAGUGCGAUUGUUUGGUUUCUUCCAUAUUAUGUGUGAUAACUGUGGUGGGAGUAAACCUGGGAAAGCCCGGAGAUUUCUUGUUGGAUUGCAUCCAUGAGAUCACUGUGGCACUUGCCUUCGCUAGGAUGAGUGAUUCUUCGGCUUACAAAGUUGAAACCACCUCUCGUCUCGCCCAAUGGAGAAUCGACAACUUGGCUUCCUGCACCUACCGCAAGUCCGAUCCUUUCAAGAUCGGAAAGUGGAAUUGGCAUUUAUCUGUGGAAAAGAAUCGCUUGCUGUUCGUUAAGUUAUACCCAGAGAUAUCGAAUCUAACAAGAGACUGUCCCCCGAUUGCGUCUUUCAUCAUCCGAGUGGUCAGUUCUGUGGGAGAUCGCAGGGCUUUGACUCAUCCAGAGAUAACAGACAAGAAACUCAAGAACAACGACGAUUUUGUCUGGGCGAUAGAGGUUCCAUUAACUGGGAAAUUCAUCAUUGACAUUGAAUUCCUUGAUUUGAAGAUAGCAGCUCCAGACGGUCGAGAACUUUGCUCUAUUUGGGCGGACGGAUUCACGCAGAAAAGAUCAAAUGUGACAGCUCUUGCAUCCCUUGGUCGAAUGUUGGCAGAAAGCAUUCACACAGAUAUCACAAUUAAUGCCUCUGAUGGAAGCAUUGGAGCCCAUCGUGCUGUUCUUGCUGCAAGAUCACCUGUUUUCCGCAGCAUGUUUUCUCACAACUUGAAGGAGAAAGAAAUGUCUUCCAUAGAUAUCUCCGACAUGACAAUCGAAGCUUGCCAGGCUUUUCUCAAUUACGUAUAUGGGAACAUUCAGCAUGAAGAUUUUCGGACCCACCGGCUGGCACUUCUUCAUGCAGCUGACAAAUAUGAUAUUUCUGACUUAAAAGAGGCUUGCCAUGAGAGUCUUCUAGAAGAUAUUGAUGCAAAAAAUGUACUUGAGAGGCUCCAGAAUGCAUCUCUAUAUCAAUUACCAAAACUGAAGACCAGCUGCAUGCGUUAUCUUGUGAAGUUUGGUAAGAUAUUUGACUUACGAGAUGAUUUCAAUGCCUUCUUGCAAUGUGCAGAUAGGGACCUGAUAGCGGAUAUCUUUCAUGAAGUUCUUGAUGCCUGGAAAGGAUUCUGAAACCUGCCACUCUGCCUACAAAAGUUAGGGUAGAAACAGGUCUGUUAAGCCAGUGUAUGUUGCCACGUCCAUGAAAGCGAGUUGGAAAGAUUAAUUUGGUGCGCAGAAUCUCUAUUUGUCAUGAUACAUACAAAUAUUGGUUUUCAUGACAGAGGAACACAUAUUCUUGAAUACACAUUGGUAAAUGGAAUGCAAUUAAUUUAUAAACUAUUGAUUUACAAUUUGGAAGAUA